ACUUUAGGAGUUAGUUAAGCGAAACUAUGUAGAUAAUAUGAAUAAAUUAUCGUUCUUUGUUGUCAAAACACUCUCCUCUCUUACCAACCACGGAAAACUCAUCUCACGAGGUAGACACCAGUAUAAUCACAAAUGGAAGAACAAGAUAGACAAAGGUUGGAUGUGUUGUUCUCGGAAAACUGUACAGACGGUGUAGUCAUACGAGAUGGGUUUAAAACAAUAUUACAAUGCAUGGGCAACAAUCCAACUAACGAGUCCAUUGACGAAGUAUUCGCAAACUUCGAUGCUGAUGGAACAACCGGGUUAUCAAAGGACGAAUUUGAUGAGUGGUUCAAUAAAUGUUGGGUUCCGGUAGCCCAGGCACGUCAGGCAAUUGUAGAAGCAUUUAAAAUUUUGGCUGCUGAAAGCGAAGAUUCUGAUGGACGCUGCUGCAUUGCAAGUUUAGUUGAAGUACUAAAAAAUCGAGGGAGUGAACCAUUAUCAGAUGAAGAUGCUGAAAUAUUUCAGAAGGAACUGGAAAUAAUUGACACAAGCGAAGACGGCUUCAUCGAUGGAGAAGAAUUUGCAAACUUUCUAACGGAACAAUGUCAGGAAGUCAAAGCAGAAGAAGAAAAUCAGGAACAAACGCAAGAAGAACAAACCGAAACUACAGAAGAACAAACCGAAACUACAGAAGAAAUAACCGAAACUACUGAAGAGCAAACAGAAGAACAAACAGAGAAUACAGAGGAACAAACUGAAAAUACUGAAGAACAAACAGAAAACACAGAGGAACAAACCGAAAAUACCGAGGACAAAACUGAAAAUACUGAAGAACAAACAGAAAACACCGAAGAACAAACGGAGAAAAUUGAGGAACAAACUGAAAAUACUGAGGAACAAACGGAAAAGACAGAAGAACAAACUGAAAAUUCAGAAGAACAAACUGAACAGCAAAAAACCGAAAACUCUGAAGAAGAACAAUCAGAAACUCAAAAAACGGAACAAACUGAUUCUUGAAAAAAGUGAAAUCAGUUGGUAUCUUUUAAACAAUUCAGGAUAAAUACAUUGACAAUAUUGAUGUUUUAGGGGGGCCUGGAAACACUAUAACUAUUUAAAUGGGAAUCUUUCAAUGGAAUCCUUACGUAUGUAAAAGAAACUGAUAUGGUGCUGUAGAUUUGACUUCUGUCUUCACCAGCUGGUGCUAAUAAAAACCACCUGCUUUUAAAUAAGCAUUACAAAUCAAUGUAUAUUCAAAUGCAAUAAGCUAUCUUACGCAUCAUGGUUUAUAAUUUCUGUGAUAUAUUUUGAGAGCUGUGAUAACUACGCAUUUAUUUGUUCUGUUGUAAAUGAAUUGUAACAAUAUGAAAUUGCAAGCACAAUUAUACAAUUUGUUUAUUUAAAA